ACAAAGAGUUACCUCCCAUUAAACGUAACCAGCUAAAGUCUGAAAAUGGCUGCGAUGCUUGCUGCUCAGUAUGGUUUAGGGGCCACAGUUACUGCCACGCUUCAUCCUAUCGGAUAUGCCAAAGUAUUAAUGCAAGUAGGCUUCGAGCCCUUACAACCACAGCCGUCGGUUUCUCUUUUCGGCAAAGAACAAUGGGUGUACCCAAACAUAUUCAAGUACGUUGGUCAUAUUCGCAAAGUGGAUGGAUUUUGGGGUUUAUACCGAGGUGUCAUCCCAAGAGUUAUUUCAGGAACCAUCGGAAAUGCUAUCCAAAACAACUUACAUGACGCUUUUAAGGAAUCAAAUAAAAAGACUAAGAAACCGGCACCAGUCCAGCUAACAGAAAAUGAAGAUCAACUGGUCACGUGGUUGUCUGAAUUCUGUAAAGAAACUUCUCAAGAAACUGUUGCUCGUUGUGUUGGUAUUAUUGUAGGCCACCCGUUCCAUGUCAUUAUGUUGAGAAGCAUGAUUCAGUUUGUAGGCAGAGAAACUAAAUAUGACUCAAUCUUCUCUUCUAUAGCAGAAAUUUAUCGGAAUGAUGGAAUCUUGGGUUACUUUGCUGGGUUAUUACCUCGCCUUGUAGGAGAAAUAAUAACAGUCUGGAUCACCAACUUCCUGGCCCAGCUCAUCAAUAAAUAUAUAGUCCAAGAAAAAGAUAUGCAGUCCUAUACAGCUGCAGCAUGUGGAUUGAUAGUUUCACAUAUAACCUACCCAUUUGUUCUUGUUAGUAAUGUUGUAGCAGUCAAUGGGUCAGGUUUGAUGGCAGCUUCACCACCAAGGAUGCCAUACUAUGAAAAUUCUUUUGAUUGUUGGAAAUCUUUACAUGCUCAGAACCAAUUAAAAAGAGGAUCGAGUUUGUUUUGGCGCUACUAUCAUGGAAAUAAGGUUGUAAGAGGCAUCUCAAGAUACAAUUAGGAAAAAUCACAUUUAAGCCAAAUCCUAGAACUAUAUUAAUUCCUGUCUUUAGAGUUAGAACAUAAAAGAAGAUUGAAUCUGUGUUUAAAGCUAAUUUAUCUAAUACUUUUUGUAAAUAAUUAUUAUUUCUUCAACAUUAGUCAUUAUUACCGAAAAUCAUUAUUCUUUCAGCAGCUACCAUUGGUUGCUUUUUAUCCUUUUGUUGCUAUAAUUUGAAUACUAGCUAGAUGUAUCAUAUUUUGUCUUAACUCUUAUAGAAAACUACUGUACCUGGCACAUUCUAGUGUCUUUAUUUUCUAAGACUUUUUUUUUUUAUGGUAGUAUGGUACAUCUCAGUUAACAUCCUAAUUCUGUUUUCUUUGUGAUCUGAUUGUGGUCCAACAUUGUUACCUUGGAACAUAGUGUCAUUGAACGUGUUAUAUUUGAAAUAAUGAGAGUGUAAUCUAGGAUAAGUUUAUUUAAAUCAAGACAAUGUUAAUUAAAGAUUUUAUAUACAUUUGCUUAUUAUUAUUCUUAAUAAAAUAUGUAUUCACAUACAUAUCUCAUGUCUCGAUGUUGGACUUGUUACAUACAUGUACAUACCUAUUACCUACACUGUUUAAUGUGUUUGGUCAACACUUGGCUGCUAAGCUAAGUGCAGAUAGUUGAUCUAUUGGAUUAAUUUUAAGCCAUUGGCAAACUAGAUUGUUGUCUUUUAAGGGCUUAAAGAUAUUAGUAUUUACAUUCCAAACCUUUGUGAAUGCAAGUGGUGAUCUCCAGUGGUACUGUAGUUAAGAAGUCAUUUUAUAUGCCCACAUAUUCAUCUGGACGUAUAUUGUCGUCGCCCCUGUCCGGCCACAAUUUGUUAGUGGACGCUCUACAGGUCACCUUUUUUAUCUGAUUUUAAGGAAACUUGAAAUAUAGGUCUAUCUCCCAGAUCUCGGUUCCUUUUGAUAUUGGCAUGUAUUGGACCAUAACUUCAUGGAUUAUGGCCCCUGAUAUGAAAAAACACAUUUUUAGCUUGUGGACACUCUGGAGAUCACAGUUUUCAUCUGAUUUUGAGGAAACUUGGAAAUACAUGUUCAUAACCCAACAGUCCUUUCGAUAUUUGCACAUAUCGGAUUGUAACUUCCUGAAUUAUGGCCCCUGAUUGUACGAAAAAUCGCAUUUUUAGCUUGUGGUCCCUCCAAAAAAACAUACGAAUAUAUCACUGUUACACCGUAAAUGUUGGUUGAGUUCGAAUUUCGUGAAAAUCGGACCAAAACUACUGGACAAAAUAGCCGCACCUAGUACGUAAUAGUAUAAAAAAUAUGGUAUAUCAAGGUUGUGGACCCUCUAGAGGUCCCAGUUUUGAUCUGAUUUUGAUGAAACUUGAAAUAAAUGUUUAUAACCCAAAGAUCUUGGUUCCUUUCGAUAUCCGCACAUAUUGGAUCGUAACUUCCUCUAUUAUGGCCCUUGUUUGUACGAAAAAUCAUGCUUUUAGCUUGUGGUCCUUCUAGAGGUCAUAAUUUUUAUGCGAUUUAAAAAAAUGUUUAAAUAUAUCACCGUUACACCCUAAUGACGGUUGAGUUUGAAUUUUGUGAAAAUCGGACCAAAACUGCCUGACAAAUUAGCUGCCCCUCGUACGCAAAUAGUGUAAAAAUAUGGUAUAUCAAGGUUGUGGACCCUCUAGAGGCCCCAAUUUCGAUCCGAUUUUGAUAAAACUUUAAAUUUAUGUUUAUAUCACAAAGAUUUUGGUCCCUUUCAAUAAUCGCGCAUAUCCGAACGUACCUUUGUGGAUUAUGACCCCUGAUUUUUUGAAAAAUGGCAUUUUUAGCUUGUUGACCUGCUUAUUUAAUUUUAAAAAACAUUUAAAUAUACAUGUAUCACCGUUACUCAUCAAUAAAGGUUGACUUCGAAUUUCGUAAAAAUCUGACCGAAACUGUUGGACAAAAUGGCCACUCCUCUUAAGCAAAUAGUGUAAAAGUAUGUAAUACCAAGGUUGUGGACACUCUAGAAGUCACAAGUUUUAUCCCAUUUUGGUGAAACUUGAAACAUAUGUUUAUAUAAUCUAAAGAUCUUGUUUCCAGUCGAUAUUUACAUAUAUCAGACCGUAACUUCCUGGAUUAUGGCCCUUGAUUGCACGAAAAAUCACGUUUUUAUCUUGUGGACCCUCUAGAGAUCACAAUUUUUAUCCGAUUUUACAAAAAAGUUUAAAUGUAUCACCGUUACACCCUAAUGACGGUUGAGUUCGAAUUUCGUGAAAAUCGCACCAAAACUGCAGGACAAAAUGGCUGCUACUUGUACGCAAAUUGUGUACAAGUUUUUAAUACGAAGGUUGUUGACGCACUAAAGGUCACAAUUUUUGUCCGAUUUUGAUAAAACUUAAAAUAUAUCUUUAUAUGCCAAAGAUCUCAGUCCCUUUCGAUAUUGCGCAUUUCAGACCAUAACUUCUUGGAUUAUGGCCCCUGAUUGUACGAAAAAUCGCAUGUUUUUUUUUAGCUAGUUCUCUAUCUAUCUCUUGCAAAAUGUGGGCGUAUCUUGCCUGGCAACUGCUGGUUUUAAUAGAAAGAGGUUAUUCAUAACCACAGUGUUUAGGCAUCAAAAUUACCUGGUAAAUAUUGUAUUAAUUUAUGAAUUACAUAAAAAUAUUACCUCUUGAGCAUUGUAAAGAAUGAAAAAUAUUGAACUAAACUGA